AAUUCCUUAAUUUUUAAAUGGGGAUUAGUAAUAUACUAAUGCACUUUUGUAUUCCAGAGGCUCUUCCCAGGAUAAGAAGAAAGUCAGAGACAUUUAGGGCUCAGUACAUAAACACUAAGGAAAUCAGAAUAUGUGCGGGCACAUGGAAUGUUGGAGGAAGAGUUCCUCCAGACGAUCUAGAUCUAGAUGGCUGGUUAGAUAUUGAUGAGCCUGCUGAUGUAUACGUAAUUGGCCUUCAGGAGAUUAUACCAUUAAAUGCUGGUAAUAUAUUUGGCGCUGAAGACAGGCGACCAGUUUCAAUAUGGGAAAACAUAAUCCGUGAAACUCUGAACAAGAUUCCGCCUGUCACUGAAUUCAAAUGCUACAGUAAUCCUCCUUCUCCUUCAAGGUUUAAGCCAUCUGAAGAAGCGCCAAACAUAGAUGAAAUCUUACAGACUGACAGUGACUUUGAGGAAGAAAUCUGCCCACUGAAUGAAGAAUCAAACUUUGUUACUGAAAUCAAGGAUAGAACAGUCACAGGAGAAAAUGUUGUUGAUCUUGAUGGCCCUGUUUCAAUUGACAAACACAACUUUGGAAUUUCAGUUGAAACGGAGUUGCAACGCCAAUUUUCUUCUCCAGUUAUGCUGGACAGAUUGAACUGCUUCAGGACAGAGGAUUCUGAAGAAAACGUAGCAUUGCCAAGCACCCAGUACAUCAAUAAAUUAGCCAGAACACUAAGUGGGAUAGAACGGAUUGGCUUAAGCUGGCCAGAGGCACCUCUACAUCUUUUGGGUCAGCAUGUUUUAGAGAGAAAUAAUUCCUUCAAAUCUUUCAAUGUUUCGAAAUCUUUCAAGACAUAUAGUUCUUUCAAGUCAAAUAUGGCAGGAGAAAGUAGAAUGAGAUCAGAUAUAGCUUCACUUGCCGAACCUGACCUUGAAAGCCUGCUAAAACGGAAAAAAAGGUCCCCUUACGUUAAAAUAGUAAGCAAGCAAAUGGUCGGAGUUUUCAUUACCAUCUGGGUUCGUAGAAGCUUGCGAAGGCAUAUACAGAACUUAAAUGUAUCUUCUGUUGGUGUUGGUGUCAUGGGAUAUAUAGGCAACAAGGUUAGUUCCUUUUUUUAAUCUUAGCUUGGAAUUAUAUUAGUACUUCUGGAUGGGCGAAAUACUUUUCAAAGUUAUAUAGAAUAGAUUGUGAAUUAAUCUUGUUAUCUAAUAUUAACUAACCCCCCCAUUGCUGUCAUAUACUUUGGGUAAUUAUUUUCUAUUUGCAGUGCAAGGUUAUACUUCCUUAUACUUGCAGUGUAAGUAUACUCAUUUUUAUGCCAUGAACUUUAUGUCAAAUAUGAACCUACACACAUCUAGGAUGACAAUAAGUAUUUAUAAUUCAAGAAUCUACAUUUGGAUUUAAGAUGAUCAUCGAUGGAAAGUUGAAAGUCCUAGUCAAACAUUUUAUCAACAACCAGGAUUUCCAGAACAACUGCUAAUAUUGUCUUGCUCAUGUUUUAUUGUUCUUCCCUUAUCAUUCAAUUGUUGGAGCUGGCCUAACAAACAAUCUAGGGAGAGGGAAACAUAAAAGAGGAUGAGAAGUAUCAAUCUUUAAGGCGACUGUUGUGAGGUAUCCAUCUAAAGUUAAUUUUCAGGAAUUGUUAGUCCUGGCUGAAAAAACAAUCUAGGUAGAGGGAAUAAAAAAGAGAUUGAAAAUUAUCAAUCUCUAAGGAGUAAGGACUAAGGUUAUUGUCUGUGGACAUCUUA